AUGGCUCCCACACUUGCUACUGCGCAUCGGCGGCGCUGGUGGAUGGCAUGCACGGCUGUUGUAGAGAAUCUUCUCUUCUCUGCUGUUCUUCUGGGCUGGGCAUCACUGCUCAUCAUGCUGAAAUCCGAAGGAUUUUACUCCUACCUCUGUCAUGAACCAGAGAAUUUUACCACCAGCUCUGCACAUGGAAACACGACAGAGCAGGAAGCUGUGAUUCGGAUUAAUGGGUGGCUCAUCUGCCCGGAGCAGGAUGAAAUGCUGAACCUGGCUUUUACCAUUGGAUCCUUCUUGCUGAGUGCAAUCACUCUGCCUCUUGGGAUUGUCAUGGACAAAUAUGGCCCUCGCAAACUGCGUCUGCUUGGCAGUGCCUGCUUUGCUGUGUCCUGUGUGAUGAUUGCAUAUGGAGCUAGUAACCCAAAUUCACUGUCAGUGCUGAUCUUCAUCUCACUGGCUCUGAAUGGCUUUGGUGGAAUGUGCAUGACCUUUACCUCACUUACGCUGCCCAACAUGUUUGGUGACCUUCGUUCCACGUUCAUUGCUCUGAUGAUUGGCUCCUACGCUUCCUCAGCUGUCACUUUUCCUGGAAUCAAGGUUAUAUAUGAUUUUGGUGUCUCUUUCAUCCUCAUUCUGAUUGUCUGGGCAUCCUGUGCAGGACUAGUUUUCUUCAACUGUUUCUUCAACUGGCCACUGGAGCCAUUCCCAGGACCAGAAGACAUGGACUACUCAGUGAAGAUCAAGUUCAGCUGGCUGGGAUUUGACCACAAAAUUACAGGGAAACAGUUUUACAAGCAGGUGACCACAGUGGGACGUCGUCUGAGUGUGGGGAGCUCCAUGAAGAACCCCAAGGAGCUGGUAGCUCAAGAGGGAAACAAACUCUGUCUGUCAACAGUGGACCUGGAAGUGAAAUGUCAAGCAGACGAUGCAGCAUCUCCAUCCUUUAUGCACAGUGUCUUCAGCCCAAUUUUGCUACUCAGCCUCAUCACCAUGUGCGUCACUCAGCUGCGGCUCAUUUUCUACAUGGGGGCCAUGAACAAUAUCCUGGGAUUCCUUGUGGAGGGAGACCUGGAGACAGUGAGUCUCUACACCUCUGUUUUUGGGGUGUUGCAGCUGCUCUGCCUGAUGACUGCCCCCAUGAUUGGAUACAUCAUGGACUGGAAGCUGAAGGAAUGUGAUGAUGGUUCAGAACAGGCUGAUGAGAAUGAUGCUAAUCAAGAUGGUAAAAAAAAGAAAAAACGUGAUCGCCAGAUUCAGAAGAUUUCGAAUGCCACAAGAGCUUUUGUGUUCACCAACAUACUACUAGUUGGAUUUGGAAUUACCUGUCUCAUUCCUAACCUGCCUUUGCAGAUCCUUUCCUUCAUUUUGCACACGAUAGUGAGAGGAUUCAUCCACUCAGCGGUGGGAGGCCUCUAUGCAGCUGUAUACCCCUCAACGCAAUUUGGCAGCUUGACGGGACUGCAGUCUUUGGUCAGUGCCCUCUUUGCUCUUCUGCAGCAGCCCUUGUUCCUGGCAAUGAUGGGACCAUUGAAAGGAGACCCUCUUUGGGUGAACGUGGGGCUUCUUGGAGUGAGUAUGCUGGGCUUCUGCCUGCCGGUCUAUCUGAUCUGCUAUAAACACAAGCUAGAAAGAGAGAAACAGCAGAGAAGUGAUGAUGCCAAACUCUUCCUCAAAAUCAAUGGCACUCCCAAUGAGGAAGCCUUUGUUUAAGCCAGUGCUUCAAACAGAGCCUCCUUUUCACGAGUUCCCCUGCCACUUCAAUGGGUCUACCUCUGGCCCAAGUCAUGAUCCUUAUCUCCAUGCUCUGCCAGCUUCACACAGCAUGGUCUGCUGGCUUAGAGUGAAGACUGAGUAUGUUUCUGAGACACAUGCCAGGAGGAGGCCUCUCUUCUUUCCUUUUCUAAAAGCUACACAGAUCACAAAUUGAAUGAGCUGAAGCCUGCCCUAACUGGCACUGUCUUGGCUGCAGGAGAAUAUUUUACUCACCAUUACCAAGCUUGGCUACAGGACACUAGUCCCUUGCUUGAAAUCCCUGUGCUGUGCACACUGGAAAGGGGACUUCCUGCCGUGUCUUGCAGAAGUAGAUUUUCAGUUCAUUGCUAAACACUAAUCUCUGAGGCUGAACUCAAACUUUUUCUCCAUAUAAUGUAAAGAGAUGGUUAGUGAGCAAUGGAUUCUGCCACAUGUGCCAGAACGAAGGGUCCAGCUGACUGCUCUUCCCCCUCCCCACACUCCAGCAGCCGGAGAGUCCUCUACCCCUGCCUGUAAGCUUUCUCUAUAUGGUAAGAUGCCUGCAGUCUUGAACCAUUCAGCUGGAAAUUGGACCUUGUCUGAAGUGCUUUAAGAAGUGUUGCCUUUCUUCUCCUCUCCCUGCAGUGACCCUGGGAGAGGAGCAGCAGCUGGUAGUGUGGAGAUAAUCUUUGAGUAGAGCUGAAAGGCUUUUUCAAAACUGGGUCCUAUGGUGCAAAACAACUUUGUUUCUAGGUGCUGGUUUUGUUGAUUUGUCUUAUUGUUGAAAAGAACCAACAGUGCAGAAGUGGACUUGCAUGUAGUAACUGGAUCCUGUGACCACAUGGAAGAUUGACAUGGUGAGAAAAUUUCACUAAAUAUCAGCAGUACCUCACAGCAGUAGCCUCUUAACAUCCUGUGCUCAGAGAACAGCCCCCUUUGAGAGAAUCCAUCACUCUGAACUGCUGAACACCAGCUUAACUGUAACUGACCAAAAAGUUGCUGGUUGGCAGUGUGAGAGGAGCCUCCUAGGAUGUCUGUGCUCUUUCUGGACAGGACAGAUGGAGAUCACUGACUGUGGGUUGGGUAGACUUCACAGAAAAGUGGACUGGGGGUACCUGAGGAGAUCACUGCUCAGAAAUGGAGAGAAUACAAAGGGAAUUUUUGGCCUCCUUAUCUCUUCUAGCCAUGUCUUUCCUAGGCCUUGUCUACACUGGACUUUGUUUUUCCAUAACCUUCCUGCUAUUGCUAUCAGUGACUCAGCUCUAUGGUGGGAGCACUAGUGCAGACAGGCUGCCUGUGUUCCAUCUCGACCUGCUCUGAGCAGGGUUACACAACACUGGUUAAAUGCCAGUGGCUGGUAUGCAUUAACACUCCUAGUGGCAGAGCUGAGCUAGUGAUUGUGAUAGUGGGGAGAUUAUGGAAAACCCUGAGUCUGGUGUUCUACGGCAAAUGCAGUAGUGGUGCUUUCUCAGUCUUACAGUAUCUCCAAUGCCUGGCACAGGGGAGAGAGUUUCUUGAACUUCACCUCUAAACCAAGCAGGAAAAGCACAAGACUCUGCUGUCACUGUCCAGUAACUCCAAACUGGGAUUAAGAAACAAUGGUGCAUCUGAAUGCUCUGUCAGAAGUGACUUUGGAACUAGGGGGAAGAAGGGGAGUUUGUCAGAGUGAAAGCCAACAUCUUUGCUAUACAAAAUUAAAACAUUCAGGUGAGCAGACUACCCGAGCCCUUUCCAUUUAAAGAGUAAGCUCUGCAGGCAUUCUAAAUGGCACCAUGGAAAAGAAUCACUGUUAGAAUCCUUAACAGACUCAUCGCUAGUUAGGUUGCCUGUGGAUAAUGAUUGAGCAGCGGCGCCCUCUGGUGUUACUAUAUUGUAAAAUCCCAUAAGCUGUUUACAAAACAAUGACAAAACAUUUAUUUCAGAGCUGCUUGCUUGUUUUGAAUAGAUUCCUGCCACUUAAAGAGUAUAUUUUAAACAUUUGUGGGUUUUUACCUGUUGCCUUUAUCAGUUGUCACACUUCAAAAGCAACCAUGUCUUAUGCUGUAAUACUGCAUCAAUGCAAAAUUACUUUAUUCUAUUCUGGUGGCUUCUUACAAGUUUGAGGAGCUUUGGAGAUAUUUUACUGCCCUUCUCAGCUUCUUUUCCUUGUGUCGAGCAACAACUAGGGAGUACAGCUCAACUUGGCAAUUUAGGCCUUAAACGGUAGAGAAAAAUCUGAAGUACAUACAUGCUUGGAAGACACACCAGCAAUAAUUUAAUUUCCUUGUAAUGAGAGUAUUUCUGGAUGGUUUUCUGUAGAUUUCUGCAUUCUGUAUUUCCAAGUGUUGCUACACCUAACUGCUCUGAUAUUGCACACCUGCUCACUCCCGGACUGUUUACGCAACAAGGAAAGAUCAGCUCACAUAAUGCAUCAGAAUUUUAGUAAAAUCUUUGAGUCCGAAUUGUGGCAUGAACUGCAGUCAGCUUACUCCAUCAGCUUUAGAGAAUAAUGUGGUAAAGACAGAGACCUAAUUUUCAAAAGUGACUGACUAGUGAUUUUAGAUGCCCAAUAUGAGAGAGUUUAAAGGGGCCUAAUUUUCAGAAAGUGUUGAAUACCCACCCUCCCUAAAACAGGCCCUUUUAAACUGGCUCUGAGCAUCCAAAGUCAGUAGGUGCUUUUGAAAAUUGCAAGCAGAAUCCUUAGUUCCAUGUCUUACGAUUGCAGACAGUCUGAGAAUCACAGCCUGCCAGCUGCAUGACCUUACAGCUUAGUUGCAUGGAAACCUUAUUAACUGGGGUCUCAAAUUCAUUAGGAGAGCCCAAGAUUCUAUGUUUAAUCAUGGUAAGGGGACUAGGAUAUAAAUUCAAGGGGCACGUUCCCCUUGUUCCACAGCAGAGACCACACUGAUGUUUGUGGGAGGCUCACACAGAAAUUGGGACAAUACAGCAUUUAUGGAAUAACUAAACAUUUAUUCCUGCAUUUACAUCCCCUAAUUGCAACUCCUAAAUCCCUCCUAUUCCAGCAAUGCAAUCAUUAAUGUUGACAUAGAUGUGUGAUCUCUAGGCUUUAGAACUGAUACCCUAUUCACUUGAAUAGAAGGCAGAGGAAUUAAUGCCAGAGUCAUUGUUUCAUAGUCUCUGCAGCCUCAGGCAGGCAUUGUGGUGAUGGCUUACAAUUGGUUCAUAGGUGAAGGUUACUUCUGCCCUCAUGUAGGUUAGAAACAUAAUUUACCAAAAAAUUAAACUGAGAUUGUGGAGAACCUAGUUAUGGGGCUCUCAUUAAUUAGUUACCUGGACCAGAUCUGGCCACAACUGUUUGAUAACCUGGCUUUAUAAUAUUUAAUAUUGUAAAGGGCUAAGAUGCCAUGGUGAUGAGUGGUAUAAGUGCUGAGAAACAAGAGACUUCUGUGUCUAUGUAAAGGUCUAACUGGACAACCAAAAUACUCCCACCCCUACAAUGGUGAAUAUAGUCCUUUCCUGUAUAUCAUGUGUAUUCUGCAAGGACACUUCCUACUUAACAUGUCUUGCUAUCAUAAAUUAAGCUGCCCAUGAACAUGUUUCCUUAACAGCAGAGUGAGUUUAAUGAGGUAUUUGUCCUCAGUGUGUCCAGAGACAUGAUCCAGAGAAGAACCCCUAAUACAUGUGCACAGGUCCUUUAAAUGCAUUAAUGUUGAAAUUCUGGCAAAUGAGUUGCAUCAAUUUCAUAAUCUCCAAUUGCUAGAAAAGUUUUCUAGCAUUCAGAUGCUUUCUGUGCAUCACUCUCAACUCCACGCACUUCCAAUCCAAAAAGAGACAGCUCAUCUCAUCAGUGUAUGUCCCCUGUAUGUCUGCAAACAGAAGACUGGCCCACAGCUGGUCUGCAAAUGCUUGUUUCAAUGAUGUGGCUGUCUCUGAGAGUCUGUGUUUAAGGGGUGCCUGUAUAGAAAGUGUGCAUGCAUUUUGGGGUGGUUCUGGCAUUGAUAUGGGUACUUUUUUGCAUAUGAUUGGCCUUUUUAUUUAGGAUUCUAAAAAUCCAAAAGCUGUAUGGAAAACAGGCCUUAAUAUAUAACUGGUUGGCCAGUGGAUAUUUGCAGAAAACAAAGGCAAACUUUGCUGAAAGAUUCAUUCUGACCUAAACACUUUUGCAGUAAUUAAUAUAACUGCCCCCAGCAUAGUGAGAGUGGCCUCUACUCCACAGGUCUUUUUAGAGGAAAACUGCAAAAUAAUGAGAUUAUAAUUAAAACAACAUCAGUAAAGUAGAAAGCUUCCAUUUUGACAAGCUGACUAGUUUAGGAGACAGAAUACAGAGACAAACAUUGGAAUGCAGGACAAACCAAAUACUUACAAUAUUUUUGUAGCUACACCUUUCAGUGAUACUUUCCUGGCUGCCUGUAUCCACAUGAAUCUGUAUUCCAAUCUAGAAGUGCAGAGUUAAUAUGAAUUUAUUAACCUACAUCACUAGGUGCUUCUGCUGGGAAGUGGCAGUAAAAUAGCACCUUUCAAUGAAAACUUCACAACAUUUGCUUCUGUGGAACUAACUGAAACAGUGACUGCUUUUAUAGAUACAUAUUCUUAUCUACCCCAUCUCUGUGCACACUUCAACCCCCAUUGUCCUGCACUCCACCCAAUCUUUUUCUGUUGUCCUCCCCCCCCCCCACUCCCCUUGGAACAACUUCCCAUGUGCCAAGCAAACCUCCCUUUACUUCCUCUAAACUUACUUCUUCUCUUCACCUUGAAGCAUUAAUCCCCUCCCAGUGCUGUGAUCAUUCCUCUUUGCCUUUUGUAUUUGUCUGAGUUAUACCAUAUGUUCCUUGGGGCAGGGUCUGUGUCAUCUUAUGUGUUUGUAAAGUGAUGUGUAUUAUUACAGUACUCUAAAUAAUAAAUAUGGUAUUAAACUAAUCACUAUAGUCUUUUUGAGGCUGAGCAUCAUAAAGGUAACACCUUGAUCUCUUGAGGGGAGAGACGGGAGAUGUAAGCAUAGGACAUUACACAAUACCUUCUGACAAAUGGAUUGUACUGCAGUUUAACCAAAGAGCCACUUGUCCAUUAUUUGUCAAGCUAAUGAAAAAACACCAGACUUCAAAUGCAAAAAGCCCCACCCCAAAGCCAACAGAAAAUUAAGGUUAAAAACCACAAGGGUGGGAAUUAGGACCCCAAUUUCUUUCCCCACCCAGAAACAUGAGAGAUUCUUGUUUAGCAAUAAUUUGUCAGGUUUGCAUCAGACUGAGCCUGGUGCUGGUGGGUGCAUUUCUGCUCAAGGUACCAUUUUUCAGAUCAGACGCAGACUUGGUCCUGACCUCCGUGUAAGUGAGAUGACAACUUUUGCAAGAGUAUGCAUUGUUAACCCCAGUAUUUCUGCAAAAUUCUAGCUCUGGCAAUUCUUUGUCUGUAUUCCCCUAUGCUGAAAUAGGAUACAGGUUAAGUACGUACGCACCCCCAAUUGUUUUGUGUUUUCUCUCAUUGAAUGCCAAAUCCUUAUUGGAACUAAUGCCUUCUUGAAGGAAAUGGGAAAUGUAGUUCAUACCUUUACUGCUAUAUGUUCUUAAAAAGAAUAAGUAUUUGGGUACUUUUUAAUUAAAAUAAAAAAAUCA